ACGUCACCAUGGCCAUGUCUUAGCCCUCUGUCUAAUCUGAGGGCAGACAUGACCACCCUGGACAUCAAAGAGGAGCUUCAAUCCCAGCUGGCAAAAAGCAAGCAGGACUUCAGAGACCUUAGAGAGAAGUUCCUUAUAUCCCAAGUGACUGCCUACAUCCUGGCCAACCAGCUGCAGAAAUACAAGUGUGGAGAGUGCAAAGGCAUCGUUGAAUCCGUGUUGAAGAAGGAACUGCAUUCUAAUGAGGGGAAUCUGGCAGAGAAGUCAACCUUAGCUCAGAAGCUCAGCAAGGAGGAGGUUCGAUGUGAGAGUGAAGGGACAUAG